AUGCGUUGUUGGAUGGAGGUGCCGGCGGAUCUGGAUUCGCAAGAAGCGAGGUCACCGAUAUGGGGGGUUCCUCGCCAGUGCGAGGGAUUCGGGUUCCUCGCUGCUUCGCUUUUGGGAUGUUCUUGGUCGACCGGCGAUACUUAUGAGCUCAGAAUCGAAAGCAAGCAACGAAACCCAAAUCAGAGAAACUGGGUUCCCGACACCUGUUGCUACUCCGAAUCAGACCUCGAAAGCAAGCAACGAAACCCAAAUAGGAGAAACUGGCUUCCCAACACAAUAGCACCAACAGUGUCAAGGAGACCAAGGGACUGGGACGACGACGAUGGCAGUAACCCAAUCGAUCGAAUUUUGAAUCGGACUUCCAUUGCCCGAUCUUAG